AUGGAAAAAAUAUAUAAACGUUUUAAUAAUGUAGCAAUUAUUGAAAAUACAAAUGAAAUUUCAAAACAAGCAGCUAUUGAUCUAUGGCGUAAAUUAGAAAAAUAUGAAUUAGAAUUAUAUAAUCGAGUACAUGAAGAAAGAAUUGAAGCAAAUAUUUGUUCAUAUAAUAAUUUAAUAGAAAAAUUAGCUUCAUCAUUUUAUAAUCAUGUAUUGUAA